UCACUGGUAUAGAGGCCGAGGAGAUGGCGCAUAACGUGCGUGAAUUCGUAAGGCGGAUUUCCUCGCAAGAUCUAGAUCAGUACCCAGACUGGGACCUUACGAAACCGCUGCCGCGUUUGCCCGUGCCGGAACUUCGAACAACACUGAAUCGUUAUCUGGGUGUUGUUGCCCCGAUUGUCGACGAGGAGGCCCUAAAGCACACUCGACAACUCGUCAAUGAGUUUGCGCGUUCGGGCGGGGAGGGCGAAGAACUGCAGGCGGCCCUUCAGGCGCACGCGAAAACUCUCAUCAACUGGGUGAGUCCCGUUCGCUCCACUGCG